GAGCUGGAGCCAUGAAAUACAUACAACUGCUGUUCGUUAGCUUCCUGAUGGGUUUGCCACUCUGUUGGUCCGGAGCCACCGAGGAGCAGAUGUGGGCCGCCGGUAAGCUAAUGCGUGACGUGUGCUUGCCCAAGUUCCCCAAGGUGUCGGUGGCUAUUGCCGAUGACAUCCAUGAGGGCAGACUGCCCAACGACAAGGAUGCCAAAUGCUACAUGAACUGCGUCAUGGAGAUGAUGCAAACGAUAAAGAAGGGCAAAUUCCAGCUGGAGUCAUCGCUCAAGCAGGUGGAGCUGCUCAUGCCGGAUCACUACAAAGCCUCCUAUCGCAGGGGCCUCAGCGAGUGCAAGGAUGCCGGCGCUGGCAUCAAAAACAACUGCGAUGCCGCCCAUGCGCUUCUCACCUGCUUUGUGGGCACGAUUGAAAUAUUUAUUUUCCCCUAAGCGACCGAUAUCUAUAUAAAGAAUGUUUGUCGCUUUAAAAUUCCCAAUACUAAUUGACGAUUAAUUUUAGUUUCUUGUGAAUAAAUUACAUAAGCUGGUAGUCCCUGAGAAAAUA